AUGACGAAGAAAGGGGUCCAUUUUCUGCAGACUACGUAUGCUUCGAGACUAUCCCUCGAAGAUACUAAAGAUUCAUUUGUUCUAUGGAGUGGCCUUCACACGCAGAUAUUUUACGGCUCUAUUGAGCUUCCUGAUAAUCUAUACAGGGCCCGACAUGAGGGGACCGAGUCUAGAACCCCGGCUUGGAGAUCUCAGCAAACAUUUGACGCAUGUAUCGAUUCUAAUGUUUUUAAGAUUUGGGAGGCUCUCUAUUCUCAAUCUGACUUAUUCAAGAAAAUAAUCGAAGGGGAUGAAAAAAAGAACGAGGCAAUUAUAUAUACAGAUAUAUGGGAAUCCCGUUUGCAAGACUAUCCCCUGUGGAAGUGGCUUUCGCAUAUGCUCGCUGGCGGUAUCAUUGAAGCAGCAGACGUGGAUAAUUUGCCCGAACCCUAUAAACUCAAGGGAUAUCCGGAUCCCAAAGAAAAAGCGGCGGAACUGACAGGGUCGUAG